AUGUUCCGCAUAACCAGCCGCACGGGGAGCCGGCCGGAACUGCGCAUCCUCUGCCUCCAGAAACUCUUCCACGCCUUCGCCACGGCAGCGACGAUCAUGGCGUGGUGUGACCCGUCGACGUGGAUCGUGAAGCCAAGAGCAUCCAGGCAGUCUGCCCUCACCUCCCACUCGCCGAGCUGCUUCGCGCUCGGUGAGCUCAGCAAGGACGAAUGGACUAAAAUCUCGCGGGAGGAGGGCUUCGGCUCCAGCUUCCAAUACCGCUGCAAGCUCGAUCCGACUGCUUGCAGACCAUCAACAUAA